AUGGAGGUGGCGCAGCCCAAGGACCUGGCGCAGGAAGCCCGUCUGACCAACAGGCGGCAGGCGGAGCUGUGCAGGCAGCAGCGGGUCUUCAACGCCAGAAACAGGCUGAUCGGGGGAGACACCGGAGCCUGGGACGUUCAGGUUCGGGACCAGAAGAUAAAAGAAGCCACGGAGAAAGCUCGCCAUGAAAGUUUCGCUGCUGAAAUGAAGCAGAAUGACAAAGUCCUGUGCCUGCUAGAAGACCGCGCCGGGAGAGACCAGAGAGCCCUGUGCAGGGCUAUCAACGAGUUCCAGCAGAACGUUCAGCGGCCAGAAACCCGCCGAGAAUUCGAUCUGUCCGACCCGCUGGCCCUGCGGAAAGCCCUCCCGGCCCGGCAGUCGGAUCACGAUGUCCGCAACACCGUGUCGGGCAUGCAGAAGUUCCUGGGCGAGGACCUGGACUUCCGCGAGAGGAGGAAAUGCCAAGAGGAGCAAAGCAGAGAGUGGUCCCUGCAGCAGCGACAGGAGUGGGAGGACGCCCGGGCUGAACAGAAGUGUGCAGAGGACCUGUACACACAGACAAGGCUGCAGUUCGAUGAGACAGCCAAGAACCUGCAGAAUCUGCAAAGUGCCGCCCAGAAGGCUGUCUGCGCAGCCGUAAAAGACUUCAACAGGACCCAGGCCCUGGAGUCAGCGGAAAGGAAAAAGCAGGAGAAGAAACAGGAGCAGGAGGACAACCUGGCCGAGAUCUCGCACCUGCUGCGCGGGGACCUGCUCUCCGAGAACCCGCGCCAGGCAGCCAGCUCCUUCGGGCCCCACCGCGUGGUCCCCGACCGCUGGAAGGGCAUGAGCCAGGAGCAGCUGGAGCAGAUCCGCCUCGCCCAGAAGCAGCAAGUCCAGGAGAAGCUGAGGCUCCGGGAGGAAGAAUACCAGCGAGACCUAGACUGGGACCGGCGGAGGGUUCAGGGGGCUCGGGCCACGCUGCUGUUGGAGCGGCAGCAGCAACGCCAGCAGCGCCUCCUGCGCAGGGCCCUGGACAGCAGCAACCUCAGCCGGGCCCGGGAGCAGCGACUGCAGAGGAAAUCUAUGAACGAGCUGUACAGGAAUCAGCCCACGGAGGAGUACUUCGCCCAGUUUAACACAAGAAGCCGAUGAUGAGAG